GCAUCCAGCUUCGACCGUGAAGACAGACAACUACCUAUCAUCUAAUCGUCGAAUCUGUGUUUGUGUCCGAUCAAUUCGAAAAGCAUUUGAUUGGAGCCAUCGACUUUUUGUCGUUUCUGCACCUGUCACUGUCAUAGUGAAAUCACAAAAGAGCCACCGACUGGUUUUCAACCUUUCAUCUUUCUCUCGCGCAAUCUAUCUAUAAUCAUGUCGACUCUCUUUGGCAGCGCCUCGAGCGCGGCGGCGACAAGCAUCGGCGACCUCAAGCAAGAUGUUGCGCUUUCCGACCCUCCCACCGACACCAUCUCCGGCCUCUCUUUCUCUCCUGCGCCAAACGGUCCCGACUUUUUGGCCAUCUCGAGUUGGGACAAUAAAGUCCGUAUUUACGAAAUUGCCACCAACGGUCAAAGCCAAGGCCGACACGCAUAUGAGCACAGUCAACCCGUGUUGAGCUGCGACUUCUCCAAGGAUGGAACAAAGAUCGUCUCUGCAGGCGCCGACAAGAACAUCAAGGUCUGCGAUCUCGCCUCCCAGCAGGACAUUGUUGUGGGCACACACGACCAGCCUGUGCGAACAGCCCGAUUCUUCGACAGCGGCAACGGCCCCAUGGUCGUCUCAGGAUCAUGGGACAAGACGGUGAAAUACUGGGAUCUCCGACAGCAAGGGCCCGCCGCCACAGUAGCUUGUCAAGAACGAGUCUAUACUAUGGACGUUCGCGACAAUCUGUGUGUAGUCGGUACAGCCGAUCGCUACAUCAACGUCAUCGACCUCAAGAACCCUACCAAAUUCUACAAGACUCUGCAGAGCCCUCUGAAGUGGCAGACUCGGGUUGUCAGCUGCUUUACCGACUCUGCUGGAUUCGCCAUCGGCAGUAUCGAGGGACGUUGCGCUAUCCAAUACGUCGAGGCCAAGGACUCAAGCGCCAACUUCUCUUUCAAGUGCCACCGUGACCCUCCAGCCAACGGUGUCACCAAUGUCCACGCCGUCAACGACAUUUCAUUCCACCCCGUCCACGGCACAUUCAGCACUGCCGGCUCCGAUGGAACAUUCCACUUCUGGGACAAGGAUGCCAAGCAUCGUCUCAAGGGUUACCCCAACGUCGGAGGCAGCAUCACCUCUACUACCUUUAACAAGAACGGUUCCAUCUUUGCCUAUGCUGUUGGCUACGACUGGGCCAAGGGUUACCAGCACAACACUCAAAGCUAUCCCAUCAAGGUCAUGCUGCAUCCCGUUACCAACGAUGAGUGCAAGCCCAGGCCAUCUGCGAAGAAGCGAUAAACGUAUAGGGCUUGGCAGCGAUGGGAUUCUGUUUGAGAAGGGGUUUAGGGUGAUUAAUACUUGGCUGCGUUUUGCAAUUAUGUACUUGUGGCAUUGAUAAAGACUCGGAAGAUUGAUAGGAUUCAAAAAGAGAGGAAGGAUCUGAACCAAGGAGUGAAUACAGGAAGUAGUGUUUUACGAGAGAUGAUACCAUAGACACAACAAAACAUCUACAU